AUGGAUUCUGGUCGAGGUAGAGGUCGAGGGCGUGGAAGUGGAUCCACGGAAAACUCGGGAGAGCGAAAGCAAAAUUUUCUCGGGACUAUUCAAAAUGAUUUGUUUACCCGUGAGCCAGGAGCUGCUAAACGUGGAACCGCAGGGCGUCCUCAACCAUGUUAUAGCAACAUGAUUCCUUUGGAAAUGGUUGUUGACAACUACGCGAUCUACCAGUACCAUAUCGAAUUUCAACCGUCUGUUGAUUCAAAGUUUAUGCGGCAACAAAUGCUCCAGGAUUCAAAGAUUGUAGCUGAAAUUGGUGCAUAUGGUGUUUUCGAUGGAAUGAUCCUCUAUUUAAAAGAAGAAUGGGAAAAUCAGCAAAUUAUCGAAGUUGCUCAUCCAAAAACCAAGCUUCCGCAUGCCGUGAAAUUCAAAUUCACAUCUCGAUAUCAUUUGAAUGAUGCUCAAACGAUUAAUACGUUUAAUGUUAUAAUUAGAAGAUGUUUUGACGAUUUGGGACUUAAACAACUUGGCCGUCAUUAUUUUGAGCCUAACGGGAGCCUUGUUAAUGAAUACAAAAUGAGAAUUUUGCCUGGAUAUGAAACGUCUAUCAGGAUGUAUGAAGAUCAAUUGAUGCUUGCUGUAGAAAACCGUUUUAAAAUGGUUCGGAUGGAAAGCAUGUGGGAAAUGAUUCAAAAAGAAUACGACCAAUGCAGAAAGUCCAUCCAACGUACACAGGACAAGAUAGAUGAACUCUACGGAGGAACGACAAUUAUGACUGUCUAUAACAACAAACUUCAUCGUUUCACUCGCUUGGAUUAUAGGCUUUCGCCUCUUACAUAUUUUGAAAAGGAUGGCGAAAAAAUAACCCUCAAACAAUAUUUUGAAGACCAAUAUCGUGUUACUAUUAAGUACGACAAUCAACCAAUUAUUAUCUCGGAAGGAAAACCGAAACAGCCCGGUGAGCCACCUCAAGUCAACUAUUUAAUUCCUGAGUUGUGUUUUCCAACCGGGCUCACUGACGAAAUGAGGAAGGAUUAUAAAAUGAUGAGAGAAAUUGCGCGCUACACUCGUCUUAAUCCACAACAGCGGUAUAGGACCACAAUGGAACUAUUAAAAAUGUUCCAUAAAAAGAACUCAGUUGCGGAUUAUUUGAAUUAUUGGAACAUUCGCAUGGCCGACGAUCUUGUUCAAGUACCAACACGAGUCCUCGACGGGGAGAAGUUGAUCGGUGGACGCGACCAUGCUUACAGUGGCCGUAACGCCGAGUGGGCUCGUGGAACCAAAGAAAGCGGAAUUUAUCGCGGAAAGAACUUGUCAAAUUGGAUUAUAGUUGGACCCGAAAAUCGAUCAGAAUUGAUUACGAAGUUCAUUGUCGAAAUCAAACGAUUAGGACGGGACAUUGGAGUCCAAAUUGCAACCCCACAAGGUGUUCCGCUCGAAGAUAUUUCUCCUGUCGGUUAUCUUUCUGCAUUGAGAGCUGUCGUUCACGCAAAUACUGAAGAGGUCCAGAUGGCGGUUGUCAUUCUUAACGAUGACAAUAAAACUAGAUACGAUGGUGUCAAAAAGCUUUUAUGUACCGAGCUUCCGAUUCCUUCACAGUGCGUCAACGUUCGUACAUUAGCUGGAAAGGCAGCAGAUGGGGGAGAGAAUCGUAACUUCUCAUCAAUCGUUCUCAAAAUUCUGCUACAAAUGACAUGCAAACUCGGCGGUGCGCUUUGGAGAAUCAGAAUUCCUAUGCUCGAUACGAUGUUGGUUGGAUAUGAUCUUUACCAUGAUUCAACAAUGAAGGGAAAAACUGUUGGGGCAUGCGUCUCUACUGUUGAUACUGAGUUUACUGAAUUUUAUUCGCAAACAAAACCGCAUGAAAAUCCAACUCAGCUCGGUACCAAUCUGACACAUUUUAUUAGAAAAGCGUUGAGCAAGUACUACAGCAAAAAUAACAAACUUCCUACUCGCCUUAUUUUAUAUCGUGAUGGCGCUGGAGAUGGUCAAAUUCCAUAUAUCAAAAACACGGAAGUCAAGCUUGUAACCGAAGCUUGUGGUUCGGUUUGUCAACAAGAAGCGAAGCGGCGCGGCGGAGAACCAAUAGCCAUAAAAGUUGCAUUUAUAAUUGUCACAAAGAGAAUCAAUAUGAGAAUUAUGAGAUCUGGAGCUACUAUCGUAAACCCAGAGCCUGGAACAAUCGUAGAUUCCGUCGUUACAAGGCCUGAAAGACUCGACUUCUACAUGGUUCCACAAUUUGUCAACCAAGGAACAGUUACGCCAGUAUCGUAUAAUAUUCUUUUCGACAAUACAGGAUUGACGCCUGAUCAGCAUCACAAGCUCGCUUUCAAACUUUGCCAUUUAUAUUAUAACUGGCAGGGCACAGUUCGUGUUCCAGCAUUAUGUCAAUACGCUCAUAAAAUGGCCUUCUUGGUUGCCCAAACUCUUCAAACUGAAGCCCAAGAGACAUUGAGAAAUAAACUGUACUUCUUGUAA